CAUAAUUGGUUACAAAGAAGCACGUGUUGUCAAGCUUGAGAAGUGCCUUUCAGCCUUGACGUGUGCAUCUGCCACUGCCGUUGUUGCUGCUCUCUAACGGUGAUACUAGCUAGCUAGUAGUCGUAAUGUUGAAGCAGCUGUGAAGCAAAUCAAAAUCCAAAAGGAGCUUUGAUGGCAGACAGGUUCUCUCGACCAUACCGGUACGCCUUUUCUCGACCCUACUCCUCUUGCACUAGCUAGCUAUUAGCUGGAAGCAGACAGUACCUUUAUCCUGCUAGUACCUUUCCGGCUCCGUUCUCGUCCAGCAUCCAUCCUGAAUCCUGAUACCCCCAAUCAUUUGGGCAGGUAUCCCACCAACAAACCAACCUUGAGCUGAAGGUAGCUUCUGAUCUUUUCACUUUUGUAUUUAGACAAGAGAAAUGGGAGGAGGAAACGAAGAUGAAGGCGGCUUUAGUGGGUAUAUGAUCAAGACAGUGGAUCUUGGACCGAUCCUGUUCUGUGUAUGCCUGUUGGCUCUGUUUGUGGCCUAUGGGAUAGUCUUGCCCCUUCUGGUCUUUCUGGGCGAACGACGAGACGCCCUCCAACAUGCUCAUGAGACUACCGAAUUCUUUAGCGAAGAUUCGUCCGAGGAUCUACCACGACGAAAGAAACACGACGAUGAUAAUGACAGCAAGAAGAGCCCGAAUCAACAGCAACGGGUACUGCACGGCAACCAGAAUGCAGACGAAGAAGCCUCGGUGGUUUCGAGGAGUUCGCAACAAUCCACUUCCACUCAUAGCAGUGCCCUGGGGAGCGCCGUCGCUGCCAUUUUGGACCACCCACCCCAUUACAAAUCCAAAACGACACGAAGAAGACGUCGCAACAGAGAACGGGAAAUCCUCAAGGCCCAAUGGACUGCUGGAGAGUCUCAAGCCUUUCAAAUGAAAACCAUGGGUGCCAGCACCCCCGAAACCUUGGCACUCUUGCAAGCCAUACACCCCGGGGGCAUUACGGCGCCAGCAGUCGUACCCGAACGCGAAGAAUGCACUGUUCCUUCGGUCAAAGAUGCUACGCCAGCGGCACCGCCACCCAAAAAGUAUGCCGAAGACUAUCCCACCAUGGGAGUCAUGGACAAGAUGGCCUUGAUAUCGUCCUAUGAUAUUGAAACGAAGCGCAUCGUUCGACUCUCUACGCCGUUUUGUGUACAGGCACUCAUCACGGGUCUCACGGAUAUAUUGACCGUGGCAGUGGUGGGAAAACUCGUGGGCACACGAGAAGUUUCGGCGUUUGUCGUUGUGACAAUGUGGGUGGAACUCAGCAGUGAAUUUGUUGGAGGUCUUCACGAAGCACUGGCCACUCUCUGUAGUCAAGCCAUUGGAGCCCGUAACAAGGAGUUGGCGGGGAGUUAUGUACAGAUUGUUGUGAUACUGUAUACUCUUUUUUUCAUUCCAUUUGCCAUCCUUUGGGUGUUCUACAUGGAUGCCGUACUUAGAUGGCAUGGCCUCGACGAAGAAACUGUCCGGAUUGGAACGCAGUACACAUACAUCCUCGUCGUGGACCUCCUCAUUGAUGGACUUGGAGAAGCAAUCCAUGGACUAUUGGAUGUGGCCGGGUUUGAGAAAUACAGCACCUUGAUCGGGGCUACGGAAGAGAUUCUAUCUCUUGUGAUCAUUUUCAUCUGGGCGCUGGUGGGAAACCCAGAUUUGAACACUGUAGGAUUGAUCCAGUUUGGACUGGGUGUCGCCUUUUUGCUGUUGAAUUGCGUCAUCAUUCGCUGGAGAGGUUGGUUCAAGGCCUUUUACAAAGGCAUGUUUGGAUCCGUGGGAUUGUUGAAUGGCAAAGCAGUCUGGCUGGUUUGCAAGACCGCAUCGUCGCUUUCGUUUGGAAUGCUUUUGACAGAUGGAGAGUGGGAAAUCCUGACCAUUUGCGCACAGGUCCUCGGCCCAGCAGAGGUUGUUGCCUGGGGCAUCCUUGGGACAAUCUGGAAAGGAACUCAUGAGCUGAUUGAUGCCAUUGCUGAUGCAUCGGAAAUACGAUGUGCCUUUUUGCUCGGAUCAGGUCAACCUGAUCGAGCCAGAGUUUCGGCUUACAAGUCACUGCUGCUUGGGACGUUUGCAGCUUUGUAUUUGAGUUCGCUCAUUUACAUGGCAGGUGAAGACCUGCCAAUUUGGUUCACCAGUGACCCAGCCUUGCAGCACAUUUUGGGACAACUCGUUCCAAUCUUUGGCAUUGCCAACUUUGUCAUGGCCUUGGAUACCAUGAGCUGGACUCUUGUUGGGUCUCAAGGCAGGUACAGGCUUGCAACUGUUAUAGUCUGCAUAGCGAGUUGGUGUGUUACCAUUCCAUUAGCGCUGUUAUUCGCAUUGGCUUGGAAUGUCAACUUGGAAGGCCAGAUGACAGGGUUCACUCUCGGCUAUCUGGCCAUGGGUGUUGCUCAUUCCUAUGUCCUUUUGCGAUCCAACUGGUAUGCCUUAUCGGAGCAAGUUAUGGACGACCACGACGCCGAGAACACAGCAGCGAACACCGCGAACACCAACAACACACCAGCAGAAGUCUCCAGCAACAGCGACAAGCUGACGACAUCUUCCGAGUCGAAACCUCAAGAUCCCUCCCCCAGUAUUUCUGUCAUCUCAGUAUCAUCGCUUGGUAAAGGAAUGGUUCCCAUGGAAAUCACAAGUUCGGAUCAUGAGGCACAGGAUGAUGUUCCAAAGAAUGAUUCGCAGAAGCAAGACUUUGACUUACUUCAGCAGGGUGAAGCCGACAAGAGCCCGUGAGCCAGACAAGGCGAAUGCCAUGACCCAGUCCCUACAAUCCGCGACCUCUCGACAACCUCGCUUCGACUCUAUGUGGCUGGAGGAUGCCCCCUAAUAAGACAACGACAAACCACAUGACAUCUGACUG